AUGGCUGAAAGAAUUGGAGUAGGUUUGGAAAAAUUAAACAAAAAAUUGACGAAUCUAUUAGAAGAAAAUAAGAGGAUUAAACAACAACAUAAAGACCUUCAAGAAGAAAAUCGAGAAACCUUACGUAUUAAUUCGGAGUUGAAAGAAAAGCUACAAAAAAAAGAUGAGCAAUUGGAAAAGCUUAAACAAAAAGUUUCAAAUUUGGAAACUCAAAAAAAUGAGUUUGAAAUCAUUUCUCAAACUUUAGAAAAAUCUCUAAAAUUAUUUGAAUUAGAUGAUGUUAAUGACAAUGACAAUAAA